CUUUUUGUGAUAAGUUCGUGUUGACGUUGUUGUUCCUUCCUCCCUUUAACUGAGCAUGAUGACUUUACCGUUUUAUUUUACUGUAGUAUGUUCAUUUUGUGCGUUUUUUGAGGAGGCAAACCUAUUAUGACUGCAAUUUCACGGUGCUUCAGUUGCCGUUUCGAGGUUUAAAGUCACUUAUUAGCCAUGGCAACUUACACUGUAUCUUGCAAACAUUCUACCAGUGUCAAUUUGAUACAAUCUGAUCUAGAAAAAAUAAAACGAAGUAACCGCGCCGAAUGCAGUGUUUGUGGACGAUUGCCAACAGAUCAGAAUGCGUAUUUAUGGGUCUGUCUACAUGAUGAUUGUCUGAAAACAUUGUGUUGCUUUGAAGAUGAUGAACGCUUAGAUCAUGGAAUUGCCCAUUUUCAGGCCAACCCAGUUCAUUCUGUUCAUCUGCAAAUGCCUCAAUCUCGAGCAUGGUGUUACCUUUGUAAAAGUGAGGUGUCAUUGGUAACGACAGAAAGAAAAAAUAUCAAGCAUCGUGUGUUUAGGAAUAAUAGCUACAAUGACUUACCAGAGGAUGACAGUGAUGAUGAUGUCUAUUCCUCAUCUGAAGAUCCCAAACCAACAGGAUUGACAGGGCUACAAAACAUAGGGAAUACUUGCUACAUGAAUGCUGCCCUUCAAGCCUUGUCCAACACACCACCUUUGACAGAGUUUUUUCUAGAUUUUGCUCUUGAAGUGCUUACUGCUCAAGAUCCUCCCUCCACUGAGCAAGCAACACCUCUGCUGUUAUCUCGCUCUUAUCAUCGAUUAAUUCGUGAUAUAUGGCAUAAAAAACGUCCUGGCUAUGUUGCACCUACUGGCAUUCUCUUUGGUAUUCGGAAUGUACAUCCCAUGUUUCGGGGAUACCAUCAACAUGACACCCAAGAAUUCCUCAGAUGUUUCAUGGAUCAGCUGCAUGAGGAGUUGAAGGUUCCUGUUUCUGAAUCAUCGAUUGACCACAAACCAAAAUCUCCUCGAAAAUUUGAGGUUGAUGAUGAUUUAUCUGGCAACGAUGGUGAUAAUGAAGAAGAAAAUCCACGAGGCUUUGAUGGAGCAAGCAGUAUAGCAAGCUUAUCCAGCCAAUCGGAUGGAGAUGAGUAUGAAACCUGUGAUUCUGGUGUCAGUGAGCGCAGUUCAUUAAGUGAUGAAACAGAUAGGAGAACUAAACCUAUGCUCCAGAAUACUGAAGAAAGGUGCAGGUCAAAAUCAAUUUCAUCCAGACGUCAGAACAGCGUCACAAGGUAUCGAAAUAGAAAUAAGUUAGUUAAGUACAGAAGCAUAAUAUCGGACAUCUUCAAUGGAAAACUUCUGAGUACAGUUCAGUGUUUAACAUGUCAAAGGAGAUCCGACACAGUGGAAACUUUCCAAGACUUGUCAUUACCAAUACCAAAUAGGGAUCAUCUAACUCUACUGCAUCAAACCUCAGCAGUUGGCAAUAACAGCAGCACCUUAGCCAAAUGCUCUAAACUUUACGCUAUGGAUCAGCAGGGUUGGUUUGUGUGGUUUUGGGAGUGGCUAUGUUCCUGGUUUUGGGGACCAACUGUAGGACUUCAUGAUUGUUUAGCUGCUUUUUUCAGCGCGGAUGAGCUUAAAGGAGAUAAUAUGUACAGUUGUGAAAAAUGUAAAAAACUAAGAAAUGGUAUGAAAUUUUCUAAAGUGUUGGAGUUACCAGAAGUUCUUUGUAUUCAUCUGAAAAGGUUUAGGCAUGAAAUUAUGUUUUCAUCUAAAAUAAGCAGUUAUGUCAAUUUCCCUCUUGAAGGUCUAGACAUGCGACCGUUCCUUCACAAAGACUGCAAAGACGAAGUCACAAGCUUUGACCUAUUUUCCGUUAUUUGUCAUCAUGGGAAUGCUGGCAGUGGAGGGCACUACAUUGCAUAUUGUUUGCAUGCUACUUCAGGUGAAUGGUAUGAAUUUGAUGAUCAGUGUGUCACUCGUGUCUCAGCGGAAACUGUCAACUCUUGUGAAGCCUACGUUCUCUUUUAUAGGAAAAGCAAUGCAAGAAUAAAUCAAUUAAGAUGUCAAGUGGUAGAUUUCCUCAAAGAGCCUUUUUUGAGUUCGACCGACCUCUACUAUAUUUCAAAGCAAUGGAUGUUACGGUUUAAUACUUUUGCAGAACCUGGUCCAAUCAAUAAUUCAGAUUUUCUUUGUAGCCAUGGCUCUCUUAUUCCUUCCAAAGAGCAGUAUCUUAACCAGCUAGCUGAGCCCAUUCCAAAGUCUCUUUGGGAUUUCUUUCAUUCCAAUUUUGGUGGCGGACCUGUUUGUAAAGUUAAGCACUUAAAUGUGUGUCCAUACGAGCAGAAUAUAGCUUUAUUACAACGAGCAAAAUUAGAAUAUAAAAACUUCUCCAGGCUAAAACCUUUACCUGUUUCAGCGGGAGGUGAAUGCUUGUCUCAACCUUUAUUCGCUGUAUCAGCAUCGUGGUUCAAACAGUGGGAACAGUUCGUCAGAGGAGAGGUUUUGACUCCUCCUGGUCCAAUUGAUAAUUCACCCUUGGUCAGCUCUGGACCUCAGAAUAAUCAUCGUGAGGAUUCGUUUUGCCCAUUAUCAAGAGAACAGUGGAAUUACUUGGAAAAUAUUUAUGGAGGUGGACCAGAGAUAGAAAUUCUUCUUCAAGGACAGCAUUCUCUGAGGGAUAGUUGUAUAAAAUCAGUCCGAUCGUUGGAUUUUGAACCUCACACUUUUACCAACCAAUGUGAAUGUAUUAAACUUAAUGUAAAUGCUGCUAACGAAUUUGAACUGAAAAAGUUUGAUGAGUCUGAAACAGACUAUGAUCCAUUAUAAAAAACUGCUGCCCAUUCAGCCCUCUUAAAAUGUCUAACAGAAUCAAAGACAGUGCAGAGAAUGCCAGAGUAUGCAGUAAUCACUUGGUAGCUGAAGUGCAUCUGGAGCUGUAUCAAACUGCACUGUAUGUUUCAUCUAUCGGCCUCUCAAGUGUGAGUAAUGAUGUACCUCCAUUGCAAACUUUUAAGUGAUCUUGUUGAUCCCUAUGUAAACUACAUGCUUGCUGCUACUGAACAAUUAAAAGCCUUGACUGUCAGCAACAUUUUAUGUCAAAUUGGACAACUACUUUUUAGACAGGAGUCUGACAAGGCUAAUGAUUUGCUUCUUCUCUGUCCAAAUAUGAAGUGCUGUGGAAAGUUUGUCUGUAUAUUUUUGACUUUGAAUCCAGUCACGAGUAUUCAGAACUUUAAUUUCAGUUACUUUUUUUCCCUAAAUAUAUCCUUACCAUGGCUGUCCUGAAGGUUUUGGAUUGACUGAUUUAAUGUAAACUAUAAAUACUUGCAGAUUUCUUGUCUAUGCAUGAGAUGGUUUUGAAAUUUUCCAAUCGGUCGACCAGAUGAAAUUUUUUUUGAAAGGUUUCUUGCGCUGAUUUAAGUUUUACUCUGUCCAAUUAUCUAUUGUUUAAUCUAAGGUGUAUUCAAGCAAUUCUGUCAAAGUUUUCUGGAAGAUACGCUGUAUUACACGCUUUCCAUAUUUCCUAGAUCGGGGAAUCGUCCGUAAGGAUUACAAUUAUUUUAUCAAGGAUCAUUUGAGGAUAAUUAACAGUAAUUCAAUGAAAAAUUUUCAACUAAAUAAGUACACAUUGCAACAGACUCAUUGCUAUUCAUACUUAUAUUUUUCAUUAUUAUUAUUAUUAAGUCAGAUGUCUUGAUAUGGACAUAAAUUAUAAGGGUGUUGGCAUUAGUGUGUAUUACUGCUCCAAUAUGGGUUGAUUUUGGGGGGGAGAUUUGUAUCCUAGCACCAAGAACUUUUUUUUUUGGUACCCAUUUUUCAGCAAUGUAUGAAGCCAGAGCUUUUUAAUUGAUUUAGAUGGUCUUGUAAAUCAUCAUUGCUUGAAUUCAUUGUUCUUCGCGAUUUUAAAUUACGUUUGUGGUCUACCAAACCCUCAUGAAGUACUUUUCUGAAACAAGGAAAAGAAGCGCUUCUAGAGGUAUGUCGUCAUUAGCAUGCAUUAGGUGAACUGUCAGAGUGUUUAAAUCCACUAAAGAAAAGAUUUUAAGGAAGAAUAUUUUGUCUACGAAUUUGUUAUUGCAUUUUUUAUAACUGCAGAACUUUAUCAUGCCUUCAAUGACUUGUUUUUGUUUUUGUUUCUUUUUUUGGUUAGAAAAUAUAUUUCUCUCUUGGAACUUUUCUUUUGUUUUUAUUUUCAACAAAUGCAUUUAGGUAUUCUUUCCCAUUUCACUCUGCAGAUAGUAGAAGUUGUAUGCUUGUACCAAUAGCAGCCAGGUUGCUUCAAUGACACCAAGUCCACUAAGUAUGUUAGGAUAUUUGUUCUACUUUCCUAAAAUACCAGAUGAGUCAAGUCUAUUGCUAGCCUUACUUCAGCAAACUUCAAUCCAUUCCUGCUGGUUUAACUUUAAAACGCGGUACUGUCUUGAAGCACCUGUAACUUUUGCAGAUUUUAAAUUAAUUAGCAUUCCAUUUCACAAAGUAUGAUCUAAAGUUCUAGGACGCAUAUUAGUGGCUCUUAGGAUGGUCACAUCAAGUUGAUGGAAGUUUAAGCCCCUUGAAAAUUCGAAGAUGUUUCUCACUUUUUGAAAAACCUUUCUUUUUUCUACCCGGUUUUCAUAAAAGAAGUUAAUUCCUGUAUUUCUUUACAUCAGCAUCUCUCAAGAGGGAAGACCGAAA